AAUCCACGGAAGAAAGGAAAAAGAAAACAAAAACCCAUCCACACCCACACUCGCCGGAGCGACGCCAAGCAACACCAUCAUCGCCUCCGGCAGGCAACCCCAGUCUCCCCAUCGUCACCUCCAGCUACUUCACUCCCCCACCCUCCGCCGCCGGUGCUGCGCCGCUUGCUCGCCGCCCCCUAGAGCGGGCGGGGGACCACCAGGUACACCACUCCGUCCGUGCCUGGUGUUGUCUUCCCCUCGCUCCUCUUCCGGCUCUCUGAUUCGACCCGCGCGCCGGAGCUGGGAGGGAGGAAACCAGAUGCUGUUCUGUUGCUCUCUCUCGCCCCCAGGAAUCCAAACUUAUCCGCUCCCACCAUUCCAGCAGCAGAGCAGCUCCCCGCGGAAAGUACGCAGCUCCGGCCGGCACAAGAGCAGCAAGGCCGAGCAUCAAUAUUUCAGGGCGCAAUCUUUCCGGGCGCGGGCCAGGGACCAACCUUUGCGUGCUCAAGCGCAUCCAGAUGGUGGCUACGGCCCUCCGGAGCAAGACCCUGAGGCCGAGGGGCACUCGCCAGGCUCCCCGGACGCGGAGACGCUUGCUUCCUGGUUGCGUUCUUGCGGCACCGUGGCCGAUGUUCGGCGAGUGCACGGGGUUGCUGUGCGGUCGCCAGAUGGUCCGGGGAUUUUUCUGGCUAAUAAUUUGAUCACUUCAUAUGUGAGGUCCCGUGAGAUUUCAGACGCGAGGAAGGUGUUUGAUGAAAUGCCUGACAGGACCGUUGUGUCGUGGACGGCUAUGAUGAAUGGGUAUCUGAAGUCGGGCAACUACAGUGAGGUCGUCAGGCUGUUCUUGGACAUGAUGGCCAGCGGGGAGCGAGGUAACAGCUUGAGUUUCGUUUGCUUGCUGAAGUCUUGUGGUGAGCAAUCCAAUGCUAAGCUAGGGCAGCAGGUCCAUUGUUGUGUUGUGAAAGGAGGGUGGAGCAAUGUGAUUCUGGAUAGUGCCGUUGCACACUUCUAUGCUCAGUGUGGUGAUGUUGCCAGUGCUUCAAUGAUGUUCGAUAAGAUGACCUCUCGUGAUGUCAUCUCGUGGACAACAAUGAUCACGGCUUAUGUGCAGCAUGGGCAUGGGGAUAAGGCCCUUCAGAUGUUUCCGGCGAUGUUCUCUGAGGGAUUUCACCCUAAUGAGUUCACCGUGUGCAGCAUCCUCAAAGCUUGCGCAGAAGAGAAGGCUCUAAGAUGUGGGAAGCAGCUGCAUGGUGCUCUUGUGAAGAAGUUGUUCAAAAAUGACAUCCAUGUCGGCAGUGCUCUUGUUACCAUGUAUGCCAGAAACAGGCAAGUGUCUGAUGCUCAGGCAGUGUUUGAUAUGAUGCCUAGAAGAAACACUAUUACAUGGACUUCUCUGAUCUCGGGCUAUGCGCAGAGUAGCCAGGCUGAAAAGGCUAUCAUGUUGUUUCGACAGAUGAAGACGCGACGGGUGUCUGUUAACAACCUUACCAUUGUUGGUCUUCUUAGUGCCUGUGGCUCCAUAAGAUCACUCAGUCUUGGUAAGGAACUGCAUGCACAGGUAAUAAAGAAUUCCAUUCAAGAGAAUCUUCAAAUUGGGAGUACGCUUGUUUGGUGCUACUGUAAAUGUGGAGAGUAUACAUAUGCUGCACGAAUUCUGGAAGAAAUGCCAGACCGUGAUGCUGUCUCGUGGACAGCUAUGAUUUCAGGCUACAAUAGCGUUGGUCAUAGUGCCGAAGCACUUAAGUCAUUAGAUGAUAUGUUAUGGGAUGGUGUGACUCCAAAUACCUACACUUAUUCCUCCGCUUUGAAAGCCUGUGCGAAACUAGAGGCUCUGCAAGAUGGAAGGAGGAUUCACGGUGUUGUUAACAAGACUCCUGCCUUUUCAGAUGUGUUUGUGGGAAGCUCAUUGAUCGAUAUGUACAUGAGGUGUGGAAAAGUUGACGAAGCUCGACGAGUCUUCAACGCCAUGCCAGAACACAACUUAGUAACAUGGAAAGUGAUUAUUACAGGAUUUGCUCAGAAUGGCCUCUGUGAAGAGGCUUUUAAGUAUAUGUACCUAAUGCAGCAACAAGGGCAUGAUGCUGAUGACUUUAUGCUUUCAAAAGUUCUGACAUCAUGUGGUGAUCUUCAAUGGAAGUCAGACUCCAUCUCUUUUUCUGGCUCGAAUACUGGUUCACUCAGAUAGCUGGACAACUAUGAACCACAUGGCAUGCACAUGUGGCUCUGCUGACCUCAGAGUGGUUAACCUGUUGGCCUAUUGUUGCAGCUCAUGCUAAAAAAAGGUGUAGUUUCCUGGUAAUAUGUGCGGAGAAUGCGUAGUUUGUGAAUAUUUUUUCAAGAAGCAUAUUUCUUUUGUCUUGGUUGAUGCUAUAUGUCAAUUUAACAUGUUUUCUAAUGUUUUUCUCACUAAAUUCUGUUCUUGUUAAUUGAAAGAAUCUAAAACCCCCAAGAUGUUACUUAGAUUCAGAAAGUUUCCAUCCACUUCAUCAGUUUGUUGCUUGAAUAGCUGAUUCUUGCUCUAAUGUUUAGCUUAUCAUAUAAUGUAAUCAGAUACAAACCCUUCUUAUUUCUGAACACUUGGGAAAGGUGAUGACAGAGAUAAUGAAACAAGAGCAAAUAAUUGAUGGAGUAAAGCCGUUGCAAUAGUUAUUCUAAUGAAAUGUUAUAUGUCAAAAGUAUUAGUAACAACCAGCCUGUUAUUAGUUAUCCAUAUACUCAUCCACAUCAGAUCCCCUGUCUGGCCACUUCUUUCCUAUUUUCUUCAUCAUCGAACAGACAAACAAACUUUAAGAACACCUUUUGUGCUUCAUCUUCUAAGACAUUGCUUGAUAUUGUUACAUUGUGAAGUAGAUUGCUAUAUGAGUUUCAUGAUAGAUACAAUUAUUGAUGAUUUCUGCAUUGAAGUCACACACUACAACUAAAAGGUGAAUGUUAGUUCCUUUUCCAGUACCGUAUGUAUUUUUGUCAUGGAAAUGCAAAUCUUAGAAUGAAUACUUAAUGCAUGCGUAAAUAGUGAAAACAUUUGUGACAGAAACACUGGAUCUCCAUAUUAAUAUAUCUGACAUGAGUACAGUGUGAAAUGCCAAUUCUGUUUGUUCUUGGCUUCACUUAUUCUGGUUUUGUCACUGCCUUGUAUUGUUUGUAGAAGUAAAAUUGCCCAUAUCAACAUCAAGUGUUUGGUUAAUGCUAUUGCAUGGUGCAUGAAUACAGAACAUGCGCCUGUGUCAUUUCUCUCUGUUUAUUUUCUGGAUGCAUGGCAGAUAAAUUGGCAAAAACAAGCACUUCCAUAUUUUUUAUGGUGGCAGCUGUUUGGCAUGACUCCCAGCUCCAAAAAAUCUAGGCGCUGGAGCUGGGGGUAUAUUAAUGGUGUUGACAUGAGCCUUCUUUAUUCAUGUUAGACUGAAAUUUGUGCUAACGGUAGUAUGGUACUUUAUUUAGCCUACAAACUCCAGGUCCUGCAAGAAACAGGGAGUUGGAAGAGCUCAUUACCUUAACUUGUCUGUGGCCCCGGAGGACAGUUCAAUUUAGUUCAGCAAACACUAGGUGUAUGCAAUUCAUGACUAACCUCUUUAAGUUUGUCUGAACUUCAUUUGGAUCAUAUAGCCUAAAGAAAUUGACACCUUUCACUUUGGGAAACCAAAACAAAACAAUUAAAGUGAUUUGAAAUAGUUGGAAUUUGAAUGACUGUAAAGUUCAGUUAAAUAUACAGAAGUGUGAUGCAGUUCUUGACUCGUACCUUUGAAGCGCCUAGAUCAUAAAUUCUGACUACAGAACAUGUGGAAGCUAACAGAUUUUGCUUUAGAAUAGACAUGAUACAUCAAUCUAAUGAAUCCGAAUAUGUAUAUUGUGCAGUUUAUAAAACCAAGUAUUGAAUUGAAUGUGAUAACCCUUUUUGCACACUGUUCUAUUGCCUUCUAUCUCAUAUUGCAUAAUUUCAGUUUUCUCCUCCAAACAAUUCUUUCAAUCGUCGCGCUGCUUGCAAUUGGUUAUAUAAUUGCUACAUUGUAUAAACAGAAGAUCUAUGUUAGCGAUAUAUUGCCUUAUACAACAGCAUGUAUGUCAUAUAUGUGCCCCACGUGAGGUCUUUCAACAUGUUUCAUCUAUCCUCAAUGAGUAUGGAUUUUCCCUACUGGAGAUUCCAUGGACACUAUAAACCUGUACUAGUCUUUGUAUUGCUUCACACAAUAACUUGCUAUGUGAAUGAACAGUUAUUUGCUGAUUAUUUUAUUUUGUCUUCUACUUCUUGAAGCCGGCCUUAGAAAGUCAGACGGAGAGUCAUGCAAAGGGCUUACAGAUGCAAAAACAUGGCAGUUACAGAAACGGCCAAUCUGGAUGCUGCAGAGGAAAAGGUUCCAAGUAAUGUCAGCGUUGGGACUUCACCAAGGGGGCUUGCGCAUUAUUGUUAUGUCCAACACCUUGGUGUUCUUGAAUGAUCUGUUGCAUCUGAAAUUUAUUUGGUGCCUGUGAGAAAGAUUCUAUAGAAGAAGAUGCAGUGUAACAUAAUCAUUAUAGGCAAUAACAAUACAAAAGCAUGCUUCAGUUGCGAUGUUCGUGCCAUGCAUUGUGCUGGUUCAACAGCUUUUUAUGUUGCUUAAGCAUGCUACUUAAGUACUACACUGCAGUAACAUCAUUCGUAUCUAAUGAGACACCAGUGUUGUGUAUUGAUCAACGUAAUACAUCUCAAGCGAAAGGCGCUGGCUGGAAGUAUGGAUGUUUCUAUUUUUUU